ACAACUACAGCUCUAAGACACAUACACUUCUCUCUCUCUCUCUCUUUCUCUCAUCAAGAUUAGGGUUCUUGAGUUCUUGAUGGAGAAGGAAGAAUGCAGCAGUAGUGAAUCUGGUUGGACGACUUAUAUUUCGUCUCCCAUUAAAGUCGAUGAAGAUGAGGUCGUGGAUGAGGACUAUCAUGAAGGGUAUAACCUUUAUAACUACUACAGAAAAGACGAAAACGAAGAAGAGAGGAACAAAGAUAGCGAUGAUUCUAUGGCCUCGGAUGCUUCCUCUGUGCCAAAUUAUCAGCGCUAUCACCAAAAGAUCAACAAAGGUAGACGUAGAGAGACGUAUGAUUUGAAGAACGGGAGAAGUGAAGGUAAUCCUAAGAGUAAUGAUGAUGAUAUUGAUCAUAAUCAAUAUGAUGACGAUAAAAAAACUAGUAAUUCUUACAGGAAAAAAGAGAAAAGAAAGAAAGAAAGUAAGAGUUCCUAUAGAAAGAAGUGA